AUGAAUCACUUUGUGAUUCACAAGUUCCUUCUUGAUGACUCAGAUGAAGAUGAGAUAAUCGAAGAACUUGUUAUGGAAGCAUCACAACCUAAGCGUCGUCGUCGUUCUAUCAAACGUAAUCAUUUGGUAGGCCAUGAGAGGCUUUUUCUUGAUUAUUUUGCUCCCACACCAGUAUAUCCACCUACUUUAUUUCGUAGGAGAUUUCGAAUGAAGCGUUCUCUUUUUCUUCGUAUUCAAUCUCAAGUUGAAGCUCAUGACUCUUAUUUUGUCCAAAAAAGAAAUAGUGCUAACAAACUUGGUUUAUCUUCAUUGCAAAAGAUAACUGCUGCACUUAGAAUGCUUGCGUAUGGAGUAUCGGGUGAUUUGAUAGAUGAAUAUGUGCGGAUUGGAGAAACUACUGCAUUAGAAAGUUUGAAAAAAUUUGUUACUGCAGUAAUUGAUGUUUUCUCUGAAGAAUACUUGAGAAAGCCAAACAAUGAAGACAUUGCUAGACUGUUAGCUCACGGCGAACGUCGAGGUUUUCCAGAGCGAUCUCAUGUAUUUAAUGAAUUGGCUGAAGGACGUGCUCCUACAAUACAAUACUCAAUUAAUGGUCAUGACUACACUAUGGGAUAUUGCCUUGCUGAUGGUAUAUAUCCAAAGUGGGCAACAUUUGUGAAAACAAUCCCAGCUCCACAAGGACAUAAGUAUAAAUUAUUUGCAGCAGCCCAAGAGGGGUAUAGGAAGGAUGUUGAGCGUGCAUUUGGAGUGCUUCAAGCACGUUUCGCAAUUGUCCGUGGACCUGCACGAUUUUUUCAUCUUGAAACACUCAAAAAGAUCAUGAAAGCGUGCAUAAUUCUCCAUAAUAUGAUUGUUGAAGAUGAGCGAGAAGAUGAGCGGGAUGAUAAUGAAGUGGUAGAUUUGGAUUAUGAACAAAAUGAUGGAGUGGAUAAUCCUCCUCUGCAAAUGUUACGUGAACAAAGUGAUGAAUUUUUGUCAUACAUUGAGAGGCAUGGACGCAUUAGAGACCGAGAAAUCAAUUUUCAACUCCAGUCGGACCUUAUUAAACAUUUAUGGCAAUUGCAAGGCGAGUCGUAGGAACUUUCUUUUUUGUAUGUGGGUUUAGUAUGAGUCAUAAGAACUUGUGCGAGUGUGUGAGUUUUAUUGUAAUUUGGUUUGAAUUAUGUAUGUAAGCAAAUCUAUGGACUACAUUGUUCUUGCUAUAAUAUGUAUUUUAUUUUCUAUGUUUUCUUAUAAAUCUAUGGACUACAUUAUAAAGUUCCUUCAUUUCAUAGUUCACAUUAUUUCAAGGUUGCUUCCGGAUAAUUGAGACGAUAAUACGUUAUCAUGAUAAUUGAAAAAUUGUUUUACUAAAAAAAAAAUGUAUGAGUAUAAUUUGGGGUUAAAAAAAAAUAUAAUACUAGACGAUUAUUUACUAUCACGCGGCGG